GAAGAGGAAACUGUCUAUUUUCUCUAUCAAAAUCAAAAGCAGAGGCAAACAACCCUUCUUUCCAUCACCACAUACCGCACCAUCAAUGCUCAAUCUCUCAUCCUUCCCCAUUUCGAUAGGAAAAGGGUAAAAGCGUGUUUAUCUAACAUUCACCAAAAUAACAUUACCAUCUUUAAUUUCAUCCCCCCCAAAAUCUCUUUUUCAAAGGUUUUUUGGGUUUGGAUGUUUACUGAUAAAGCAUAUUUCAAAAUUUUCAAUCACCGUUCAGUUUGUUGAUUCACUGAAGGGCUCUACCUAUUCAUAUUUCUUCUAUUAUUCAUGAGAAGAUCAUGGAUUGUGAGAAUAAGGAUUCUGAGCUCAGAACAAUUGGAUCAUCUUGCACAAGCAGUGCCGCUUCUUCUCUCAGGAGGCGUUCUUUGAGUUUGUCGUUUUCUCUUCCCAAGAGGCUGAAUGAUGAUGAUGAAGAAAGAGAAUCUGUAUCAGAAGCAGGAGAUAUCGGGGAUCGAGAGCUUCAAAGCAAUAGGUACAGUGGGAGUGGUAGGCUGAGAUUAACUGGUGAAAAUGCACCAGAACAUGGAGUGGUUGUACCGAUUUCAGAGGGAUGGUCUCAUGAUCCCAAUGCUAUGAGUAGUGUUGCUCCAGUAUCCCCGUCGAAAUUGAUCUUACAAACUGAACAUAAAAAGAAUGAAGAAAAAACAGAGGUGCCAUGGGUUUUGGAGUAUGCUUCAUGCCUCUUGUUCCAAGCUGUAUUUGGAAUACUUGGGGUUCUGUUGAGGUAUGGUCUCCAAAUACUGUUCGGGCCAAGAAUAGUUGGUGCCACCAGUGACCUCAGUUAUAUGUAUCUGGACCUGCCUUCUAACAUGGUCGGUUCGUUCUUGAUGGGUUGGGUUGGUGCGGUCUUUAAAGAGGACAUUUCCAGAUUUUCGACUUCACUGGCAAUUGGAUUGUCAACUGGUUUUCUAGGAAGCCUUACAACUUUUAGUGGUUGGAACCAGAAAAUGCUCGAUCUUAGUGUUGAACACCAGUGGGUUUUUGUAGUCCUUGGCUAUCUUAUAGGUUUAUUUCUUGUUGCCUACUCAUUCAUAUUUGGGGUUGAGACUGCCAAAGGUGUUCGUUGGCUCUACAGAAGAGCCACUAUGAAUUCAUUCAUCUCUGGCACCGACUACCACUGGAGAGUAGAUACCUACAAGCGCUAUGUACUAGUUAUUCUCUUUCUGCUAUGCAUUCUACUUGUGCUUUGGGGUAUGAGUAUAGGACUGGAGGUAACUGAAUUCAGCAGUGGCAGCACAAAAGCGCAGUUGUGGCUGGCAUGCAUAGUUGGUCCAUUUGGGGUGUGGAUCAGGUGGUUCUUAGCACGACUGAAUGGACGCGGUUUAGGAAAAUCAGGCUUGCUCAAAUGGGUACCUUUCGGGACUUUGAUUGCCAAUGUAUUAGCAGCUUGUGUCAUGGCAGCACUUGCCACCUUGAAGAAAGCAGUUAAGACGCAGAGGUGUGAUACUGUUGCUUCUGGUAUUCAAUUUGGGCUACUGGGUUGUCUAAGUACAGUUUCCACUUUCAUUGCUGAAUUUCAUGCAAUGAGAGAAAGUAAGUAUCCAUGGAGGGCGUAUGUGUACGCUUUGUCUACAAUGCUUAUGUCAUUCGUCUUGGGGACUCUUAUAUACUCCGUCUUUGUUUGGACUCAAAAUUUCAAUUAGAGCAAAGAUGAAGUUAAGUCCUUAUCAACGUAAGGACUCUGUUGACUUUUGAUAUGUCUGGGCUGUUACAUAAGUCCUGGCUGGUUGUUUCCCAAGAAACAAGAAGAAAUACAAUUAGGGGACUAGUACAAAAUUGGGAAAUGAAAAAUCUCAUUCUAAAUAUGUACAGCUGAUUUCCCAAGUGCAUAGAUUAUGGAUGUGAUUUUCAAAUCUCACUAGCAAACUGUUGUAAUUUAGUUGUCUUACCAUUAAAGGUCAAUAUUCAAACUCAAACUUAGCAUAAAUAAUUACUCCUACUACUUA